AUGUCGAUGAUAUGGCAGUUCGAGGCACACGAGGCGGUUACUGUGGACCGAACCCGGCCCACAACAACCGCACCACAAGGCUACACGACGACCGACGAAGCCGGCAACGUGCUGGGCUGCGCAACCGCCGGGUCGAUGGUGGUACCGGGCGGCAACACGGCGAAGACCUGCGACGUGGAGAUGUCGACGAUCUCAGCGGCGCCGCUGGUCACCAGUGUGGGCCAGAUCCGGCAGUCGUGGGACAACCUGAACGACUGCGGGCAGAAUGUGAUGGGCGACGGCGGCAAGGAUACGACGCCGUGCCACCUGGCGUACCAGAAGUUCGACGCGGGCAAGUACUAUAACACCACCGCGUUCGGGUACAUCUACCACGAGAACGGCUGGGGCACGAGCUACGGCUGCAAGGCCUCGUUUGCCUGCGACUUCGACAUGAUGCAGGACUGGCUGUACCCCGGCGAGGACAUCCUGAAGGCCUUCGACGAGCUCUGGGAGGACCUGGGCCCCAAUGCUCGUUGUGGCUACGCGAAGACGCACAGCGGCUGCUCGCUGGAACUGUAUCCUUGCAUGGGCAAUCGGUAUGGCAAGGACUGCAAGGACCAGGAGUAUUCCGUCUCGGCCGAUGAUUGGGACCAGUAG